AUGGAUCCGGUUCCGGACAAAAUUUCGGUUCCUGUGAAACCUUUUUAUUUAGCAAUAAAGGAAGCUGUUCCGCAAUUUCCACAAGUAAAACGUGUUAUCUGGUUUGUUCGACAUGGAGAAAGACUUGAUAAUGAUAAGGAUUUAAAAAAUGAAGUCAAAAAUACUCCGGGUCAACAAUAUGAAUAUAAAGGAAGAAUUUAUAAUUUUGACAAUUCCCCUUUAAAUGAGACAGGUGAAGAAAGAGCAAAAGUGUUGAAUAAUGUGUAAGUUCUUUUAGAAUGAUAGAGUGGCUAAUAAAAUUUUUAUAUUUAUGAUGGGUUUUGGAUAGUAGCAGCUGUGCGCCUUGGCAUUUGGGGUAUUUCUGGAUAAUCUUAGCUUUCUGACAUUUGGCGUGUUUUAGAAAUUUGAAAAAUUGACAUUCG